CUCGGCUCAUCGUCCACCAAAACCAGACGACAUCUUCAACUCUCUUCGUUGCCUGGCAACCAGGGUUCGAUGGUGGGUUUCAACAGACGUUCAAUUUGGAAUACUGUACCAACGACACAAAGGCAAAGGAAGACGAGUGUGGUGUUUUCACCAACUUGACAAAGUCAUCUUUCAGACUUAACGGACUGAAUACUUUCACCUGGUACCGGUUGACACUGUGGGCAGAGAACAGCGCAGGGAAUAGCAGCACGGUGACAAUAGUGGCUUCAACAGCUCCACUGCAACCAGAGAACUAUGGCGUAAGCGUUACUUGGGUCAAGGAGGGACAAGUAUUUCAAAUAUCAAAAGCAAAUCAGUCGUUGGGUGAAGUCUGCUUCGUUCGGAAGACCUCCGUAGAGAGUUGUGCUCGACUGGAUGAAUCAAAGUGCAUUGACCCCGGGACAGAGAUCAGCAUUGACCCGGAUGAUGACGUAGUUGUAGUGACCUAUGGGAGAGGGUUGUGUAGUGAACCAGCCGAUAUAAACGUUCAACCUGGUCAGAAAGUUCAACCAAAAGAGCGAGAAACUCCUCACAUGAUAAUUGCUAUUGGUGUGAUUGCUUCAAUCAGUGUCAUCAUAGUAAUCUCACUUGGUCUGAUGUACUUUUAUGGACUGAUGUGCUGUACCAAAUGGAAGAAAGAUAACGGUGAUCAAGCAGAAGGCAGAACGGUGGAUGAGGAUGGCUUGGUAUACAUCUCAGUGGCUCAUAACCGCACUCAUCCCCCUAACGCCCCACCUAUACAGACAGAGGAACCAACCAUCUACGCCUCCCUCAACAAAGACGCCACGAAACAUCGCAAGGGAGAGAUAAAAUACUCGGACACAAAUGCAACAACCCCCGACGGCCAACCAAUGUACGGGAACUACUUAGUCAAACAGAGGAAGCAAGAACAGGCCCGAAUGCCACCACCGGUACAGGCGGAUGAUGCAUCCUAUAGAGCCGAAGGAAACAGAAGAUCGGAAGGAGCUAUCGGACCGACUAUGCCAGACGGCCAACCAAUGUAUGGUAACUACUUGGUCAAAAUGAGAAAAGAACAGGAAAGGGCUGAGCAGGAAAGGGCUGAACAGAUGGCUGGCACCUAUAAUUUCUUCGAAAUGUACAGUAUUUAGCUCUCAAUAUGAAAUGAAAUUUACACAAUUUUAUGCGUUGCCAAUUGAUGGCUUAGAAAGUUGAGAAUGUAAUACUCUCCAGAAUGUUUAAUGUUCUCUAGAUUAAGACCUCUGAAUACCACCUAAAAUAAUCAAGGCACCUGCUAAUGUGAAAGAGAAUUUGUCAUCGAAUUUUGGCAGUGGAUUGAACUAUAUAAAAGAGCUCAACUUGUAAAUGACAGUUACUAAAAGUCUAUUAGGUUUUACAGAGAAAACAAUAUCGGAUGUAGGAAUAUUAGAAUUCUUAUAACAUCAUCAACCUACUUUUUCUAACCUUUACUGGUUACAAAUAUGUUUAGAAUUAUAGAAUUUUACAUAUAUUAUUUCACUUUUGUAAAUAGCAAUUUCUUAAUACACAAUAAAUACAAAAACUAGUACACAAUUUAUUUCGUUUUCAAUAAGGUUUUAAUAACUAUCUAAUGAUAAUCUAUAUAAAUUUUCAUCCGAAGGAGCUAACAGGUAAAUGUAGCAAUAAAUGUAUAUAUAUUAUUUACAUCUUGAUUAUACAUAUCUACAAGUGAAGUAGUUGAUGGCAUUCUUUUUCACACAGCUAAUGUUUAUUAUAGCCAAUAUUUGUCAGACAUUAAUGUUAAAGUAUUUCUGAGUAUUGUUGCAUAUAAGUAAAGUAUUGUGCCAAUUACAGUUCACGCUAUAAACAGUUUAUUUGCUUAAUUUCAUUUUACCCUCAACCAUCAGUUGCAUUCUUUUCAAAAGUGAGUCAAAUUCAUGUUUUUUUUCAAAUAUAGUACUAUGAAAUUAUAUUGAUUACAAAUGAAGUAUGUGAAUUAACAAAAAAGCAAAUAUUAUUGGCUAAAAUUUAUAAUGAAAAUUGUAAUAUUUUAUGCAUGUGCAAAUUGAUCAUGAAAAAAAAAUUAAGAAGUUUUUACCCUAAAUCAGCAGUGUUCUUGUUAAAAGUGAUUCAACUUCAUAAUUUAUUUUAAACAUAGUACUAUGAAAUGAUAUAAAUUACAAAUUAAAUAUACAUGUCAAUUUAC